UGGAAGCACCUUUGCGAAGUUCUCCGGGACCCGGCAGGAGAUGGCGCAGGAGAUCAGCGAGCAAGCCGCUGAAGCUCAGACGGCGAUCAGGGUACAGAGCACCGCCGCGGGCAGCCCUUUUGUGGAGUGGAAAGUGGAGGAGGACAAGAUCUACCGGGGAGAAGUGGACACCACGGGAGAGACCGUCUGGCGGGUUGUCGCCCUCUGCAACUGUAAGGGCUGUCACAUGAGAGAUCGCCAAGAUGGCUACGGUCAGAAUGGUGGAUACGGACCCGUGGGUGGCAUGGAUGGCGAUGACGGCCGCGGCAAGCCGAACGACCAGGGCCCCGGAGGACAGGGCGGACAGCCGGGCAGCGACGGAAGCCGACCCACAGGUGGCAGCCACGGGCAACGCCCCACGGGUAGCGGCAAACUCCCCACCCGACCUCCUCAUGAUGGGCAACGCCCCACCCCACCUACCGGCGGCUGGCAGCGCCCCGGGCCCAACGAACGUACCGGACCGAUACCGAUCUAGGCUGCCGGCCCAUGCGAAGAAACCUAGGCUCCGGGCCCCGAAUGACCAAGGCCCCCGGUGCUAAGGCGAGUACCGGCGACAAUGAGGAACGGAAACACGAUGAGAUGACGACAUGACCUUUUCAAAAGUUGCCUGUGCAUGCUUAGUAUAUAGUAAGCCUUUUUGGUAUGUUAGAAAUAAUAGCGCUAUUAACUUGUGGAUGUUUGUCAUCAAAUUUUAAUUUGCGAAACUGAUGAGACACACUACAGGGUGAGAGACAGAGAAAGAAAGAGAGAAAGAGAGAGAUACACAUACACAUACACAAACACACUGCACAGA